CCAGUGAAGCGCGUACACGUCCGCUUUCUCGACGCCAUGGAGCAAAGUCAUGGCCUUACGCAGGCUCUUCAAUGCAGUCUUCUACUCAGAGGAGGCCGCUCCAGAGUGGCAGGUGGGCGGACGCUACGAGGUCUUGCGACCGGUGGACCUGGUACGUGUUGACGAGGUGGAAGCGUCAGCAACCUUGAUGCCGGAGCAAGUGGCGCUGGUGCUGGCUGUGCGUGCCAUCAAGGACGAUGAGGGCGAAGAGGUGGUCGUGGGCUACUUGGCUGAUACCAGGAGCCCCACGUGGCGCUACGGCUGGGGCCAGCUCUGCGGCCCCCGCGGCGCCUGCCCGGUGCUGCGCGCGCAGGUCCGGGAGAGCUGGGACCUGGGAGGAUGCUACCGUGUCAACGGACAGCCUGUCCUGCGCACAGAUGUAGAUCUGGAGGCCGAGCCUCUGUGCGAGCUGGACGGGCCUCGGGAAGAGGUUUUGCUGCUGGAGCUGUGCCUGGUGGUCUCAGAGGAGCCCAGGCUCAGGGGCAAGGUCCGCACAGACCGGGGCCUCAUCGGCUGGCUCACCAUCGAGCUUCCGGGCGCGCCCAGGCUGCUCCAGCCGGCGAACCUGCUGCGAAAGGAGACGGUCCUGCGCCGGCCUUUGCCCUUGCCGCUUCCGCCUGCGCUGGAUCUUGCGUUUCCGAUCAAGGAGGCUCUCCGCAGCACACGCCGCGCGCCGGUGCUGGGGGCGGCUGCGUACCCCUGGGACGUAGGCGGCGUGUACCGGACUCUCGAGAAGCUGCAGCUGGAGUCUGUGGGCACCUUGCGGGCUGGGAAGCUGGUCCGCGUCGAGGCGAUUCGCCCCAACGAGUCGAGUCUGCGGGUUCAGCUGCGGGUGGAGAGCGGCACACUGGCCGGGCGCUCGGGUUGGGUGAGCCUCAGCUCGCAGAGCGGCGCCUUGGACCUGCGGAACCACCUGGAGUUCCAGCAGGUGGCUCAGCACUCCCUGCAGCUGGCGGAGCCUCCGCCAGGGCACGAGGCCUUCACCGCGCGCAUCGCCCGGGAUCCGAACGACGCCAAGGGCCUCGGCCUGCAGCUGGAGACCAGCAGCCUGGUCGUAGAUCGGGUCCUCGAGGAGGGCGCCUUUACGGACUGGAACCAGGCCAAUCCUUCGUUGGCGGUGCAGAGGGGGGAUAAGAUCCUCAAGGUGAACGGCCUGCAUGGCAACCCCCAACUCAUGAUCUCGGAGAUGAGGGAGAAGCAGGUCAUUUACGUGCGCUUCGCGCGAGGGCCGGUUUCAGAGCCUCAGGAUGCAGGCGAAACGCCGGUCAUCAAGAGAGGCUCGCUCCCCACACGGAGGGUGGCUGACUUGACAGCCAGGGAGAAGUUCAAGCAGCGAUGCAACUCAGCCCCGGCAUUUGUGGAAGAGGAGGACAAGGCGGACGAGACGGAAGAGGAGAAGUGGAAGCGGGAGAAGAAGGCUCUCGCCACUCCAUCUCCUAUCGUUUGCCAGGACUCCAAGGCCUCCAUCCGCAUCGCGGAGGAUGAACCGGACUGGAAGCCCUUUUAUGAGGAGGGGCAGGAGGAGAGGGGCUGUCCGGAUUUCCGGGAGAACUGCCGAGAGCAGUGCCGGGAGUACUGCCAGGAGGAGAGCGUGUUGUCCUUCCUGAGCUGCGGGCGCAGAGGGCCGAGCUCCCCAAUCGAGCCGGCGCCGGAGCCGCUGUGCCGCUAGUGCCGACCUUCUGGAACGAGCGCAGGCGCACGCUGAGUAUUUCGAUCCGGGCUAGAGACGAGAAGUGUAGAUGCGUUCUUUUUCUCCCACGCCAGGCCCGGGGACAAAGAGCCCACCGCCAGCGCUUAGAACCGACAAUCUGCGUCGUCCUUUAAGAAGACCUCACUUGCCU